AUGGGUUUCCUAUACUCACAGUUUUUUAUUACUCCCCCACGUCCCGACCAGUCUUUUGCAGAUCAGACAGUGCUGAUCACCGGCGCCAAUGUCGGCCUGGGGCUAGAAGCUGCACGCCACAUCACGCGCCUAGGUGCUGCACGAGUGAUCCUCGGCGUUCGAAACGUAGCAGCUGGAGAAGAGGCAAAAGCGGAUAUCGAGAAAUCUACAGGUCGCCCCGGCAUCUGCGAAGUGUGGAAGGUCGAUCUGUCGUCGUACGAAUCAGUUCUUGCGUUUGGCGAUCGCAUCGCAAAGCUCCCCAAGCUCGACAACGCGAUCUUGAAUGCAGCAAUUGCCACGCAAGAAUUCAGCAUUGCCGAAGGCUAUGAACGAUCUGUCACCGUCAAUGUUAUCAAUAGCCUGCUCCUAGGCUUGCUCAUCCUACCCACACUCAAAGCCACUCGACGAAACAACCCAUCGCACACACCCCGUCUUUCAUUCGUUGUAAGCGAAGUGCACGCUUGGGUGCAAUUCCCAGAAUGGAAAGAAGAUCGACCGAUGAAGUUCGUCAGCGACCAGUCGAAUGCCAGAAUGGGCGAACGAUACCCACUCUCCAAGUUGCUGGAGGUGCUGCUGGUGCAGGAACUAGCGGGCCGAGUGCGCGGAUCAGAGGUGAUCAUCAAUAUGACCAACCCCGGUCUCUGCCACUCACAGCUGGGUCGGGAACAAGACUGGAAGUUCCAGCUGAUGAAAUUGGUAUUGGCACGAUCCACUGAGGUUGGAGCUCGAACGCUGGUGGCGGGGGCUACGGCCGGCCUGGAAAGCCAUGGCGCUUACAUGACGGAUGGACAUGUGGAGAACACCAUGCUGUCACCUUUUGUGCGCAGUGAUGAGGGCCGACAAGCGCGUGAGAAGCUGUGGAGUGAAUUGUCGUCCAUCCUCGAGGGUGUUCAUCCGGGGGUUAUGCAGAACCUAUAA